GUCGCUAGGGUGGCUGACAAAGUUGGCACGUUCUUCCGAUUUUGAACAAUCGAUCUUAUACUUUCAUUUUAACAUUAUAAGCUAUCGAAACUUCAUUUCAAACAUAAAAGAUGGGAGAUGAUAGAGUUAUUAGAAUCAAAGACGCGAACGGCUACAACACCAUGAAGACUUAUAUCGGGGGCCUGGUGGACGUCAGCCUGUUCACUAGUAACAUCUCCCAGCUAGUGACGAUCACCAGAUCAACGGGCGGUGUCGACACAGGCCAGGAGAUUGGAAGGGUAGUGUUACUUGCCAUCACCAUGUUUCUCCAAGUGGUUCUGAUGGUCAUACUCAUCUAUCAAGGUUCUGUAGACAUCAACAAACUUGGAAAAAGAACCACACCAACACCGGUAAAUUCGGCGGUAACGCAACAUUGGAGCUGUUGUUGUGGUUUUUGCCGGACUGCUGCUUCAAGAGCAAGUGAAACAAAUCGGCAAAAUGAAGCAACAACAACAACAACAACAACAGAAAGGAGUUGGACUUGUUGUGUGUGUCUUUGCAAUACUAAUUCAAAAAUCACAACCAAAAGUCCAACUUCGGAGCAUGAAGAACAAGUACAGCAAAAUGAAACGAAGAAAACAAGGGAUGAACAAGAAAAUUCCCUCAACAGCAUGAAUACAGGUGCUACAUAUCUGAGCGCUAUUGUGGUGUUACUUAACAUCGCCAUUACUGCUUUGCAGGUGUAAAACUAGGUCCUGUACAACAGUUAAAUACAUAGUUCUCUUGUAUAACCAACUGUCCACUAAUGGUACUGCAGCGGAACUUCCGGUUUUGAUAUUUUUGUGAUCUAAACAUGCUAGGGGAAUUGUGCGUGAUAGACACCGCUUGUGUUCGAGACAGCUAUUGUGCGCGGAAAGGCCAUAUUUGGAAGUUAUUAUAUAUAUAAAGUGAAGGUGAACAUCGCAAAUAGCAUU